UUCUUCAGCCCUCCCAGUGCCAGCCGGUCAGCCUAUUAGGACCUGACUAUGAGGGUUUUCUGGACAGAGACAUGUUUUGGCAGUGUUUCCGCCCCUGAGCUUGCAGUAUAUAUUGAGCUCCUGAUGCCUCCCCACAGCGACUGGCACAUCCUGGAGCUGCUCAUCACACUCAUCCUGGUUCACUAUGGCAACUGAUCACCAGAACCCUGCAAGCAAACAAAAACAACCAGUUGCCAGUAACUUCAAGUUGGUCAUCUACGAACAGGAAAACUUCCAAGGCCGCUGUCAUGAGCUGACUGAGCCCUGUAACAACAUCCAGGAGGCGGACGUGGCGAAAGUGGGCUCCGUACUGGUGCUGUGUGGACCGUGGGUGGGAUAUCAGCAGCCUGGCUGUAAGGGGGAACAGUAUGUGUUUGAGAAGGGUGAGUAUCCUCGCUGGGACGCCUGGACCAACAGCAGACGCAGUGACUGCAUCGUCGCCUUCCGCCCCAUCAAAGUGGACAGCCAGGAACACAAGAUCGUACUCUAUGAGAACCCGAGCUUCACUGGGAAGAAGAUUGAGAUCAUAGAUGAUGAUGUCCCCAGCUUCCACGCUCAUGGAUACCAAGAGAAAGUCUCUUCAGUUCGUGUGCAGAGUGGCACCUGGGUGGGCUAUCAGUACCCAGGAUACAGAGGCUACCAGUACUUGUUUGAGAAAGGAGAGUUUAAGGAGUGUUCUGAGUUUGGGGCCGUGCUGCCUCACAUCCAGUCUGUGAGACGCAUCCGUGACAUGCAGUAUCACCCAAGAGGGGCCUUCCAAACCUCCACCUGAGUGACCGGCGCUUCUCCUCAAACCCUGGCGCUUCUGAAACGCCCCAUCCUUGCCUUACUCUUCACCUCUGAAUGCUUAUCUUUGACCCUUUAACUUGUCAGUGAUUCUAUUUGCUACUGCUGAGAAAUAAAUAAGUGAUUUUGCGUUA